CAUAGGUUAAAAUUAGAACUAGACUGACAUUGCAUUGGAGUCUGAGUGAGAGUUUUAAAUGGCUUUGGUAAUGCAGACAAGAUUCAUAAUUUGUCUCUGCUCUUGUCCAGAAAGCAAUGAGUCACAGAAAAUCCUAGAAAACACCAAAUAAUUAAGUUUUCAUGUCACUGUCCCCAUCUGGUAACCCAUACCUGAAGUGGUGCAUUGAGCCUGAAAUUCAGUCAGAUUCCUGCAAGCAAAUCUGAACAUGUAGAGGAUCAUGGCUGAAACUGCAGUUUGCCUGGGAACAUUCUCUGCUGUGAAGACACUCUGGGAAGUGAGAAUACACAAGAUAAAUGAAGAAUUACAGAGAGAAAAGGAGUUCAGGCAGAGGUCUGCAGGAAGGCUACUGCUUGUCUGGGAGGAGAGAGCUGCUUUAGCAAAGCUCAAAGAAAAAGUUAUUAAUGAAGGUGGAAGAGCAAUUUUAAGGAUAGAGGAGGAAGAAUGGAAGACAUUACCUUCGUGCUUAUUGAAACUAAUCCAUCUCCAGGAAUGGCAGCUUCACAGAACUAGUUUGCAGAAAAUUCCUCAGUUUAUUGGAAGAUUUCACAGCCUUGUUGUUCUGGAUCUAUCCCGGAACUCAAUUGAAAGUGUACCUAAAGAAAUUGGCCAGCUGACCAGCCUCCAAGAGCUGCUUCUCAGUUACAACAGAAUAAAAUCUGUUCCUAAGGAAAUAAGUAACUGCAUCAGUCUGGAAAGAUUGGAACUGGCUGUCAACAGAAGUAUCUGUGAUCUUCCUCCUCAGCUCAGUGAUUUAAAGAAGCUGUCACACGUUGAUUUGUGCAUGAAUCAGUUUACUGCCAUCCCUUCAGCUCUCCUCAACAUGCCAAAUCUAGAAUGGUUAGAUAUGGGGGGAAACAAACUCCAGGAGCUUCCUGAUGCAAUUGACAGAAUGGAAAACCUCCACACCUUAUGGCUCCAAAGGAAUGAAAUAAACUCUUUGCCAGAAACCAUUGCUAAUAUGAAAAAUCUUAGUACUCUUGUUCUUAGCAACAACAAACUUAAGGAUAUUCCAGCUUGUAUGAAGGACAUGACAAAUCUGAGAUUUGUCAACUUCAGAGACAACCCACUGGAGCUGGAGGUAACACUCCCUCCAUGUGAGAACACAGACGAGGAGCAGCAACAGGAAAUGUUUGGCAUUGACUUCAUGCACAUGUAUAUCCAGGAAUCACUCAAAAAAACAGGAAAUGUGGAAAGUUGUACUUCUGGUUCUCCUCCUGUCAUGAAUGCUAAUGAAUAAAGAAUGUAACUGUGAAUGGAAGAAAA